AUGUAUAUCGCAUUGAAAAAAUUAGAUACAGAUACCGCUCGCGCAUUUGAAACUGAUAAACGCGGGGUCGAUUUCCCAACAUUUGAUAGCCUUAUAAGAUUCUUGCGAAAGAAUAUUAAGGUCUUGAGCCGCACUAGUGGUAACAAAGCCAUACCGCAGGGCAACAAGAAUAAUAACAAAACAGUAACGCAUACAUUAGUGUCUACUAAUACUCGUAAUAAUACAGACACCGCGCCCGCACAUAAGAAGCAAAAAUGCUCUUUAUGCUCGUCACAGCAUGAACAUCUCUAUCAAUGUUCAGGUUUUCAAAAAUUGGCACCUACUGACCGCUAUAAACACGCUAAAUUUAAUAAUUACUGCAUUAAUUGCCGUAGUAAUAGGCAUGUUAUCCGCGAUUGUAAUUCUAGUUCCUCAUGCCGCUGGUGCCAGCGUAAGCACCAUUCUAUGCUGCAUUUUGAUAGUUCCGCUCACCUUGGAAGACACCUACGCACCGCGCUGGGGUCCGACCACCCGCAUCCGCGCCGCCGCCGACUCAGUCCGGUGUUUCCGCAUCUAUCGCGCCCCGCGCAGAUGACGUUGCACUAUGCACGUUCUCUGUCGAUUCUACCGGCAGUCAUGUUUCGCCCGCUUUUACUACUGUCGCGCUUCAAACCGCUUGUGUCAUUGUGA